UUAAAUCUUUUAUAGAUCCAUUUAAAAUGAUUUUAUAAAUAUUCACAUCAUAUUAAUGUCUAUGUAACACAAGUUAUUAGGCUAUAAAUUUCAUGAACCUGAUAAAGAUAGUACUCUUAGGAGCUCCGGGUGUAGGAAAAAGUGCGUUGGUCGAAAGGUUUACGUCAGGGGAAUUUACAGGGGUCUACAAACCAACUCUUUGCAAAGAGACUUAUUACGUUACAAUGAUAGUCAAUGAUAGGGCUUACCACUUGCGCAUAAACGACCUACCCUCCAUUCCCAAUUUUCCCAGUGAUUCUUUGGAUGAAUGGACACAUUACCGGCACUACGGUCUAUUGACUGCUGACGCCUAUCUCAUGGUCUUUGAUAUUAACUCCUUAGAUACCUUUAGAUAUAUCAGAUCUGUAAGGGACAAAAUAGUCCGUGUACGAGCAAAUUUGGGAAAAUCAUUCAAUCAAUUGGGCGAUCAUCGGGAACUUAACAAUCUAGCUCAAAAUCUAACCCUCACUUAUAAACCCAAUAAUAGUAAGUGUUUCAAAGACGUUCUCAAAACUUCACACACUGCGCCUAAAUAUGCUGGAAUGGACAUAAAUAGAGUAUCUUCGUCCUCCUUUCUGGUGCCAAAUAUUUUAAAUUCAUCAGGAACCACUUGCAGUCAUUCUUUUACCCUUCCUGAAGAUAUAAAUAGUCAUCAAAAAGCUCUGGAAUAUUCUAAUAGUUCUCUGAAAUCCUCAGGUUUAAAAAGUUCUAGAAAAUGGUUUUUUAAUGAUCAUCACUUGAAAAAUAAUAUUUUAAUCGGAAAAAAAUCGAAGUCAAUAAAACCAUAUAAAAAAUCUUUCGAGUUACUUAAUUUAAAGGAUAUUCAAGUGGAAAACGAUAAAACAAAUUUAAGUCAUAAGAAGUUAACUCGUAUAAAAAGAAACAAACAACAAAAUGCUGAUAAAGUUAACGAAAUACCUCCCAGAAAUAAUACGUUGUCGCCUAUAUAUUCACCAUCCAUAAAUGUGCUGCAUGAUAAUAUUGAAGGUAUAAAUAAUGAAGCAACAUUUAAUAUUGACGAUAUAAAAAAUUUAGCGAAGCCUUGUUCCGAAAGUUAUAAUAUUCUCAUUCCAAAAUCUAAUAACAAUUGUUUAAAUUAUAAAUCUAACGCAAAAAGUAAUGCAUUAACCCUAUUCUCUUCAAACUUAAAUCUAAAUGAUAACAAUUUGUCAUUUUCUUCCAAAAAGUUUUCCAAUAUUUUGAAUUUAGGAAACGUCAACACUCAGAAUAAUAAUGCAAAUUCAAAUCAUGUGCAAGUAAAUCGAAAUUUCUCUAUAACAUCUCAUUCUUCCAAAUAUCAUUGCAACAAAUUUGCCAUAGUUAUAGUGGCAAAUAAAACUGAUUUGCUCACUGAGGAUAUCUCAAAAACACAGUCUCAAGGUUCUCCCACUUAUAAAAAACAGGAUUUUCAAUUUGAUCAUGAAAGAGGCCAAGAUGUUCCUACAGCCAUUUUGACACCUUUAAAACAUUUCUAUGUGGUACCUUUAGUCAAACCUGUUUUAGACCUUCAAAGGUCGAAGGACAAACAUGACGAAGUUUCAAAUAUGAUUCAAAAGGACUAUUUGGAUCAAUAUACAAUCGGGAAUUUUGGUCAUUCAGCCAACAUCACCAAACAGCGUAAAGCUGCCAGAAAAGCGGUUGCACAUUUAGUUAGGAAAACAUGGAAAUAUUCUUAUGUUGAACAAUGUUCAGCUAAGAAAGACUGGCAAAUUUCGGCCAUCUUUGCUGAAAUAUUGAAAUCUGUGAUUAAAGUUGGAGCAGCCGGGGCACCUGAUAUUGCCACCGAUCCAACUGAUAUCUUAUUGUUAACCACUCCAUCUCUCCCUAACGCUCUCUCUCCAACUGUCGCUAAUAUAGGUAAUAAAGAAUUGAAUUUUAACUCUUUAAAGUUUAUGUGUAAAGUCAAAUCCCCAAGAUUUAAUUCAUUAACAUCAUUAGGUCAUCGGUUGAACAAGGCUUCUUUUGUUGGAUAA